UGUCACCAACUUGAAAAUUCUAUUUCCCCUUAUCUUGUCAAGAUGUUAGGAAAAACUUCAUCACAAUGCUUGUUUCUUGUUCUCCUUGUUUCCAUAGUAGCAUCACAUUCCAAUGCUAACCCUCUAUCAACACAAGGUAGAUGGAUCAUAGAUGAUUCCACAGGACAAAGAGCCAAACUUGUGUGUGGCAAUUGGGCUGGUCACCUUCAACCAAUGAUCCCUGAGGGUCUUGACAGAAGGCCAUUGAAGGAGCUUGUUUCUGAGCUUGUCAAACACAAUUUCACUUGUGUUCGCCUCACCUAUGCAAUUUACAUGUGGACGCGCUAUGGCGAUCACAUUGUGAAUGAUACCUUAAACACUUUUGAUGUGCCUGAGGUGGUGACUGGCAUAGCCAAGAACAACCCUUCUGUGUUGAAAAUGACUCACAUUCAGGCCUUUGAAGCUGUGGUUCUUGAGCUUGGGGCUCAAAAUGUGAAGGUUUUGCUUGAUAACCAUGUCAGUGAGCCUAAGUGGUGCUGUGGUGAUGAUGAUGAAAAUGGGUUCUUUCAUGACAGACAUUUUGAUCCUGAGGAAUGGGUGCAGGGCCUUACUCUGGCAGCCAAGUACUUUGCAAGAAAUAAAGCUGUCGUGGCAAUGAGCUUGAGGAAUGAAUUGCAUGGUCCACGCCAAAAUGAGAAUGAUUGGUACAGGUACAUGAGCCAAGGAGCACUAGCCAUCCAUAGGGCAAACCAAAAUGUGCUUGUGGUUAUAUCAGGUUUAAACUAUGACACUGAAUUGCAGUUCUUAAGGAAGAAACCAUUGAUGAUAGACUUGGGUAACAAAAUGGUUUUUGAGACACAUUUGUAUUCAUGGUCUGGAAUUGGAACACUCAAAUUGAAAGAGAUUUGGUCUAAGCAACCAUUGAACAGGAUAUGUUCCCAGAGCAUUGAGGGUUUAGACCAAAGAGCUGGGUUCCUUACCAGUGGUAAGAUUGCAGCCCCUUUAAUCUUCACUGAGUUUGGGUUUGACCAGUCAGGGUCUACAGUGGAAGACAACAGGUUCUUGACAUGCAUUCAAACUUAUCUUGUUGGAAGGGACAUGGAUUGGGGUUUGUGGGCAUUUCAUGGUGGCUAUUACUUGAGGGAGGACAAAGUUCAACUUGAUGAGUCAUUUGGUGUAAUGGAUGCCACUUGGCACAACCUGAGGUACUCAAAUUUCACUGACAAAUUCCAACUUUUGCAAAGGAAGAAUCAAGAUCCUACUUCAAAAGUCCCUGAAUCAUAUAUCUUGUACCACCCACUUUCUGGUCAAUGUGUCCAAGUGAAUCACAAGAGUGAACUUGAAAUUGGUAGCUGUGAGAACCAAAACAGAUGGAUUUAUGGUGGAGAUGGGUCUCAGGUCCUUUUGCAUGGCAAUAACAAGAAGUGCUUAAGUGCUGCUGGUGAGGGGAAACCAGUUAUUGUUUCUGAUGAUUGCCAGGGCAAAAACAGCUCUUGGAAAUCUGUGUCACUUUCUAAAUUUCAUUUGGCUACAAUGGAUCAAGAUAAGGAACAACUUUGCUUGCAGAAGGAUUCCAGUUCAUCCAGUGUUGUGACUUCAAAAUGUAUCUGCGUAGAAGAUGAUUCUCUAUGUCUGGAUGAUCCCCAAAGCCAGUGGUUCCAGUUUGUUGCCACCAAUGUGUAAUUUUGGUUAUUAACUAGGUGUCUGAUGAUUAGUAUUGCAGAAAAUAAAAUGUUGAAUUUUUUUUUGUUGAAUUGAAUUUUCACCAUAGAGCUUUUAGUGAUGUGUUCAGGUUUGUAAAUCUAAUCAGAUGAUAAAUAAUAAUUUUGAGGAUUUUUUUUUCUUUCCUAUUGAAUGUUAU